AUGGUGGAAGGGUGCGACAUUCAAGUUGAAGGGUGCAUCGUUGCUAUUGCUGACAUCGAUGCAGUUCAGGGCCACGGAGGUAGUAAAUCUGAAGGGUACGAGCAGCAGGACAGGCACCAUCGCCACAAGCACAAGGUGCUCUUUGUGUUUGGAGACUCUUAUGUCGAUACGGGAAAUAGAAACAUACCCACGUCUCCUUCUUGGAAGGAUCCCUACGGCAUGACCUUCCCGGGAAAGCCUUCCGGCAGGUUUUCCGACGGCCGUGUCCUCACCGACUUCGUUGCCGCAUACAUGGGCAUUCCGACUCCUAUUACUUGCCGGACGAGACAUCUGGUGGCCGGGAUGCGGAAACGCUUCGUGUGUAAAAAACUUGGUGGGGUCGGUGGUCAACCAGACGGCGGCAAACCUGAAAAGAAUCCUGGGGUUGGGGGUGCCAAAGGUGGCGGUGAUGGGGCUGCCGCCGGUGGGCUGCAUCCCCCUAAGAACGGCCAACACACCAUACGCUCGCUGCGAUGUUGCCCGUCUAUCACAAUAGCCUAUUGCAGAAGGCCGUCGACGCCAUCAACGCGACCUUCAGCCACCCAUCCGCCAUUGCCAUCCUCGACCUCUAUGCUCCCUUCACCUCCGCGCUACAAGGAUCCAAACUCGAAGACGGCGGUGCUGCAGGGGAGCGAACUCGACCGUUAGCUGUGGUAGCGUGGAUCAAGAGUGGAACAAGCUGUACGAACUGUGCUCGCACCCUGUCUCCACCUUCUUCUGGGACACCCAACCAAGGACGCCUGGUCCAAAGUAGUCCCCUCCCUCCUACCUUCUCUUCAACGCCUCCUGUCUGUGUAAGCUCCGAAUUCCGAUAGGAUCUCACGUACCACAACUAGUACUCAGGAUAACUUGUACUGCGAGUCUAAAUUAAUCCAUUGGGACUUGGUAGUCUGGAACCUAUUGGACUGUUCCGAUUCAAGCAAGUGACAGGGAGACAUUUGUAGUGUCCGAAAAGGUUCCAGGAGUGGCCGGCGAAACCCGUUAAACGCCGACCGAAACGGAUACUGGGACUUGGGGUCAUCCUCCGUCCUCGAUCUCUAUG